UUUGUUUCAAGUUCGGCAAUUGCCAGAGAAGAAGCGACGAUCUCCACAAAAUCGACGAGCGACAAAUAGCGGACGACGACGACCUCCCCCUUGCCAAGCAUGGUCGGCAAGUCGAGCACUGCCAAAGGGCAAGCCUAUGCCAAAGCGCUAGACUAUGCUCGACGCUCUGGCUUCUGGCAGGCCCAAGUUCCCUUGGCUGCAGGCGAGCAUACUUCGACGGGCAGAACAGCAUCGCUCGGUCUACCCUCGGGUGUCUCGCAAGGUCUGAGCUGGUCCGAGCUCGUCAGAAAGUACAACAAGCACAAUCCAAACGCUCGGGAUGAGACGGCACUGUCCGAACAGACGAUCUAUCGCCUUCUCCGGCUCGGCGCCCAGCGCAAAGGCUUCCACUAUGAUCAUGCCCACGAGCGAGACUUUGGUCUCGCAUCAUUCCCCGCCGACGAGCAGGAUGAUGCCAGCAGGGGCAAGACGACAGCUAGUAUCUCAAUACCCCCACCUAUACCCGAAUCAGAGAUGGAUGGCUGGCAGUGGGCCAUGCAUCUGCUCGAGUCGCGCGCCUCCGGAGACUCGCAGAACGCAGCCUACAUCUCCGCCCUAGGCUACUAUGCCGUCCAUGAUUUUGACAAGGCCGUACAAGCCCUGCAGCCACUUGCAGACGAACUCGCGCAAGGCGAGACCAACAGCCUCUUCUCGGGCGCACAAGGUCACGACAUUGACCUCAAAUUCAUGGCCAUCUUCGUUCUCGCUCUCUCGCAGGAGCAACAGGACGAGCCGCAAGACGCGCUCGCAACAUACAGACAUGCUGUACAGCUCUAUCGUCAUCUACACUCCACCUCACCCGAAUCUGACGAGCUCCAAGUCUACGGCGAGCAGGCUCUCUAUCGGGCCGCUCUUCUGUCCAAUCUCAUCUCCGGUUCCGAUACCAUCAUAGACUAUCAUCGUGCAUACAUUGCUGCCGUACCGACCUGGCCUGCCAGCUACUGUACUUCGAAGCGCUCCGUCAUCUACAGAUCUUACCUUCGCGCACUUAUCAACACUGCGCCCACGUCAGAGACGAGUACAGAAGACGCGCACUCGUGGCGCACAGAAGCCGCUCGCGUCGUCAAAGGGUACGAGGAUGUCUUGCGGACGUCGACCUCAUUCCCCAAGGCGGGCGCGCUCAACAAGCCUGUCGUGGACUUGACCGACCGCGUCGCCGAGCUGUGGCGCGCUGCGGGCUCAGACCCUACUGAUGCGCCCGAGCUCAUUGAGCUGAUGUACCGCUGCACGACUCACACAUUCCAAUCUCAGCGAUUGCUACGCUAUCUGAUUCCGCUGCAUAUCGCGACAAGGGAGUAUCCAGAUGCUCGCAAGGCUCUUGAUCUAUAUGUGCAGCUCUUCGAGAAGGCCAAGGAGACCAACAUGGCCGAAGUAGCACAAGAGCUCGUUGAAAGUCAGCAGCAAGGCAACCGCGGCGGCUCACAGCGCAACGGUGACGCUGAGGAUGACGACCAAGAGGGCAGCGAGGCCUCCCAAGCCGAAGACGGACAGGCCGAACCAAAAGCGCCUGCCGGUCAUGGCGAAACAGAUUUCGAUACCGAUGAGCAAUUCAUUGACACCGUCUUGCUCGGCAUGCGACUGCUUUGCAAAUAUCUCGAAGAUCCCGAUGCGGCGCUGGCGCAUAGCAGAAUUGCACUCAAAACACUCGCAGAUUCGGACGCGCUGACCGAUCGACAGCGUAUCGAAGCACGCCUGCAGCGAAUGAUUGGUAUCGCAACAGCAGCAAAGGCUCGCCACGACCGCGAUCCAGAUACGCGGCCCAAGCUGCAAGCCGAAGCUCUUGAUCAUCUCGAAAAAUCAGUCGGAUUGGGGGAGCAGUCAUUCGAUACGCACUAUCAUUUGGCGUAUCUGCAUCUCGAAUUGCGCCACGUCAGCGAUGCAGAUCGACAUGCUCGGGCUGCGCUCAAACUGGACCCGACUCAGCUGGUCGCUUGGCAUGUACUCAUUCUCAUCGCGACCGCCCAGAAAGACUUGGCAAGCGCCCUUCACCUGGCAGAUACCGCCUUAGACGAGUCAACACAGGCUUUAGGCCCUGCACACUCUAAUGCGAAUAGUGAUGGUUUUCGAACGCCAGAGGAGCCUGCUGAUGGCUUACACCAUCCUGUCAAUGGCGGAAAUAGUGACGGCCACCUUGCUGCACCAUUGACAAACGGCAUGUCACCGAAUGCUCAAGUCCACCGACAGCAGCUGGACGAGCUCGACUAUGAGGUCACACCGACAGAGGCGGCAGUCAUCGCUCUACAGCUGCGGAUGACACGCAAUGUCAUCCUAGAAGCACUGAAAGGACCCGAGGUUGCACUGCAAGACCAGCAGGCCAUUUUCCGCCACUUUGCGGAACUGAGUCAAUCGGUCGCAUCACCAGAGCAUUCUGUUGCGCCAGCAAGACGCGGCAGUCUGGACAGAUCCAACGGACACGCAGACGAGUCGAACGAGUUGCAUGCCUCUCAACAGGGUCAGCUGCCACCCCCAGUGUCGUCAAGAGUGCCCAAGCGAAGUGCAUCGAUCAAGUCAGAGUACUCGAGUCGACAGAUCAGAGAGCCUACUCCACAAGCGAGUAAUGGACAGCCUUCGACAGCUGACUCGAUUGCCUCACCUGUCUCGUCGGCUUCUGAGCGGUCUCCCGAGCUGACUUCUGUGCUGGUCAAACUCUGGCUGAUGUCAGCUGCUACCUUUAGACGAUGGCAGAAGCCAGACGAGUCAAGAGGCGCUAUCCAAGAGGCUGAAACGACUGAUCCUGAUGACCCCGAUGUCUGGGUGCAAUUAGCGCUCUACCACCUCGCGACCGCCAACGAGAAUCUCGCCACCACAGCACUUUCGAAAGCGCUCUCGUUCUCGCUGGACCAUAUCCCAGCUGUGAUCCACAUGAGCACGCUGUUCAUCGACGCUGGCUCCUUCGAGCUUGCCGAGGGUUUACUCAAUAUCCUCACUCAGACGAACGGAUGGGACGUACCAGAAGCUUGGCUGCUUCUAGCCAAGGUCAAUGAGGCCACCAGACGACCACAAAAGGCUCAAGACUGCCUGAUCUACGGCGUUCAGCUGGAGGAGACCCGACCGCUUCGACCACUUGCGCUGGCUGUGCCAGCGCUACUGUAAAUCAAAUUAGCUGGCUUUUCACUCGGCCAUCACAGGAUGCACGUCCUCCGAUGAGCAUGCAUGUACGAAAUAGGAUUCGACAUCGUUGACGGCUGCGUCGAUGAGGCUGUCUGAAAGUGGGCCAUCCAUGCUCCGAUGUGACUGAUGCACUUCGGCAGUUGCGUGCUCGGUGUGGAGACAGCAUCGGCUGGCGCCUG